GCUUUGGAAUUGUAAGAACUUAAAAAAAUCAAACAUACGUACGUCUGUCUCAUUUAGUUCGUUGAAAACUGAGAUUCCAGAUCAUAAAAGUUCCAAAAUGUCUGAACUUUCGCAAAAAAUUAAAGAGCUACAGCUCCUUGGCAGCAGCCAACCAGAACAGCUGUUGGCCGUUGUCCAGGCGGUCUGGAAUCUGCGCCCCUCGGAUACACCCCUCAGCGACAUUAUCCAGGUUUUGGUGGAGUGUCUGAAGAAUCAGAAUCACCCAAUGCUAAGGCUUGCAGCUGUCAUUGCCCUGGGCGACAUUGUCCUUGGCUCACCAGACCAGACCCAGCAGGUCGUUGACGCAGGUGCAGUGCCUGUCUGCAUUGAGAUGCUCCACUCUCCCGCUGGGAGUGUGCGCGAUGAGAUCCUGUUAGCCGCUCUGCUGAAUGUGGCCAAAAUUGCGGGUAUGUCGGAGGAGAACAUACAGGUGGUGCUCAACCAUGGGGCGCUCUCAUACUUGCCGGCCCUGCUCUCCCAUCCCAAGGAGGCCAUACGAAGGGCGGUUGUCUGGGUCAUAGCGAGCAUCGCCGGCGGCAACCAGUCACAAAUACAGGCCGUUUUCGAUGCGGGUCUCCUGCCGAAAGUGAUUGAGCAACUGAGAGAGGGGGAGUUCGAGACGCAGAAGACGGCCGUCUGCGCCAUCAGGGACGUGGCACUUUAUGGCAGCCACCAACAGGUUUUCGCCAUGAUCAGUGAGGGUGUCAUUCCGCCGUUCUGCGCUCUACUCGCAUGCCAGGACACGACCUUGAUCGAUUCGGUGCUUUAUGGCUUAAACCAUAUCCUCGAAAUGGCCGGUGAACAUUCGAAGACUGUGGCCAUCUUCAUUGAGGGUUGCGAGGGUCUGGCCAAGAUCAAGAGUCUCCAGAGCCACGGGAAUGAGAAGAUUUCUCGGCUGGCUAGAAAAAUUAUCCAUGAGUACUUCCCUGAUCAUAUUCACACAUCCAGAAACCAGCAGCAGCCCCAAUAGAGAGAGCCUGCCAACACUCUACCAAACAUAAACAACACACAACGGAACUACCCAUGGAUGGAACUAUAGCCCGACUCUUUGGAGGGUUCCUUCCUCCCUUUUAAGAUUGCAUUAGAGCCCAUUUAGACAUGCAGCAUGUUGCGACUGCCAACACUCUACCAAACAUAAACAACACACAACGGAACUACCCAUGGAUGGAACUAUAGCCCGACUCUUUGGAGGGUUCCUUCCUCCCUUUUAAGAUUGCAUUAGAGCCCAUUUAGACAUGCAGCAUGUUGCGAUUGCUUACCAUUUUCUAGAAAUAUUAGCGGAAGAUUCGUACGGAUUUUCUGUUUGAAAUUGCAUUAAUCAUUGAUAUAAAGCUUCAAUUGUGUGUGUCGGAUCCAAA